AUGCCUAGAGUUGACUUUGGGACCAAAGCAGCUGAUUAUGCCGCAAUUGCCCACCAAGUCAGCCGCAACAUCGCCUCGGCGGCACUAAAGCACACUCCUCAGCUCGCUCCUAGCAGCCACGUACUUGACCUAGCCUGUGGCAGCGGCGAAGUCACUAGCGUCCUUAUGGAGAAUGCCGCAGCACAAGGUGACCAGCAACUCCCAACUAUCAUCGGUUUGGAUAUCGCCCCGGAGAUGGUGCAGCUCUAUAAAGAACGGGCAGAAACAAACGCAUGGACAACAGUAUCUGCCCAGGUCCAAGACGCACAGGAUCUAGGAGAAUUCACUGAUGCCCAAUUCGACUUGGUAUUUAUGAGCUUCGGACUUAUGUAUGUCCCUGAUCCUGCUCGAUGUACGAGGGAAGUGUUUCGGGUCCUGAAGCCAGGAGGCCAUGCUGUCUUCACAACCUGGAAGGAAGCCGCCGUUCCGCGGCUACUUGCGCAGGCAACAGCUGCAGCUUCCUGCUCUUGCUUCACCCAACCAACGGAUGGCGCAUGGGGUACGAAAGAGAAGUUGGUCUCAACAGUGAAAGACGGAGGCUUUGCGACCCACAAUAUUCAAGUGGUAGUAGAGGAGACAAAGUUCGACAGGGGAAAUGGGGAUGGAAUUGCGGAAGCGCUUUCUCGGCCAUCCUGGAAUCCGCUGCAUGAUGGCACUUCUGAGGCAACAUUGAAAUGGCAAAGUAUUCUGCGAGAGCAGAUGACUCCAACACAAAGGGAAAAUGGAACCCUUGAUAUGAUUUCAUGGGUAUGUAUUGCAAGGAAAAAUAUGCAGUAG